AUGUCAAUCUUUGCCUGGGCAACCCGCCGUUCGGGUGGACUGGCCAUGAUUGCUUUGUUAGCCCUCAGCUACUGGGUCAUCUCGAAGGAAGCGACUGCACCCCGACACCCUUUCGAAUAUAAAGACCGAAAUAUAGAGCCGGGCGACUUCUCGAAGCUCCACGGGGCAGGCAACUGGACAGUCUUGUUCGCGUAUUACUGUCUUCUGAUCCAUAUCCUCGUCUCCUUGUUCCCGCUCCGCGCGUGUUGGUCCAUCCUUGACCUCACCAAGAACAUGAGGAAGGCCCGAGCCAAGACCCUCCGUGAACUAAAGAUGACUGGCCAGCGACGUGGCUCCUCGACUUCUCUUUCGAGCUCCGACACCCUCUCUGCAUCCUCCCAAAGCGCUUCUUCCUCGAGUAGCGAAGCCGGCGAUUUUGAAGUCGAGUUCCCGAAUGCCGAGAACAAUGUUGUCCAUGCGAUCAUUAUUCCGAACUAUAAGGAGGAAAUGGAUACGCUUCGGGAGACUCUCGAUGUUCUGGCUUCGCACCCGUUUGCCAGCACCUCUUAUGACAUCUACCUGGGAAUGGAGGAACGAGAGCCACAGGCGGCUACCAAAGCUUUGCAGCUCGUUGAAGAGUUCUCCGCCAAGUUCCGAUUCAUUGGUUAUACCGUCCAUCCUGGUGAUAUUCCUGGAGAGUCUGCUGGCAAGGGAAGCAAUGUCGCCUGGGCAGCUAGAAAGCUGAGCGAGAGGUAUCCGAUCGAGAAGCGAAAGAAUGUAAUCGUGACUGGUAUCGAUGCGGACAGCCAUCUUUCCUCCAACUAUUUUGCGCUCGUCACCUCGAUGCACAUCAGCUCUCCCGAAACUGCCACGAAAACCCUCUAUUCGGCCCCGAUCAUCUUCGAUAGAAACGCCCACAAUGUGCCUGCAAUUGUUCGGGUCGCCGAUAUCCUCUGGUGCGCCGCCGGUCUUUCCGGCCUGUACAGCGGCUCCACGAUCGCUCCUCCGACGUCGGUUUAUUCGUUGAGCCUCGAGCUUAUCGACCGGGUCGGCGGCUGGGAUUGCGAUAGCGAGGCCAUCGGAGAGGACCUGCACAUGUAUCUCAAGUGCUUCUUCGCCCUCAAUGGCAAUCUGACGUCUCGAACUGUUCUGAGUCCCGUAAGCCAAAGCAAUGUGACGGGAGGCGGAAAGGAUGGCAUGAUGGGCAUUUAUAUGGAUAUGAACGCACGUUAUAAGCAGGCUCUGCGCCAUAUGUGGGGCGCUCUCGAUACUGGGUAUGCCCUGCGGAAGCUCGUCGAAUUAUGGCGCGAGAGAAAACGAACUUCCCGGGCCUUCCGGCCACUGCACAAGACUAUCGGUGAUGCGUCCGAUUCGUAUGUGCCUGACCACCACCCUGUCGCCGGGGAUCUUGAGGCUGGCCCUGACGGUGGCAUCUUCUCGGACACCAUAGUCGACAACCUCGACGGACCUCACUGGGAGCGUAUCUUCUACCUCUGCCAUCGUCUGUUCGAGGCCCACUUCCUUCCCGUCCAGAUGACAAUUCUCGUAUUCACAUCUGCCCUGUAUAUGUGGUUCACCAAGGAUGCUUUGGACGUCCACAACCUGGGCUGGAUCUUUUCCGUAUGCAACGUCUUGCGCGCCGCGGGCUUCAUGGAAGUCGUCGUAUAUCUCGGCCUGUAUGAACGCUUCCACCGCAUCUGCGUCAAAUCGAGGCAGCAGGAGAUGACAGACGCGGGCCUAGCCGUCGGCAUGAGGUUCUCUCACAGGACUUUGAAGAAGAACCUCGUCGACUAUGUCAUGGCCCCCCUCGUUGCUCCCAUCUACGGAGCGAUACCGUGUGCGCAGGCGCAGAUCUGCCAUUUCUGGACGGUCGACCUGGUGUACGCGGUAAGUAAGAAGGUGACGCGGAAGCGCGCCGCUUCGCUCAUGGCGGAGAAGGUAUAA